ACACUCUUGGGCUUAUCUCUCCAUGUUAAUUGUGACAGUAAAACAAUAAAAAUCAAGAUUUAAUUUUAACUCAUGUUGGUCAGUCUGGGGCAGUAAAUGAAGAUGAUGAGCUGGAGAAAUAUUAAUCCAGGUUGGUUAUUUAACAUCUGCCUUAUUUUGAGGAGAACACUAUUGAAGGCACCUGCUCGGGACAAUGAAAUUCUUCAGUUAUAUUCUAGUUUAUCGCCGGCUUCUCCUUGUGGUUUUCAGUCUGUUGAUCCUAUUGCCAUUGCCAAUCGUCCUCUGCACCAAGGAAGCAGAAUGCGCCUACAUCCUCUUUGUCGUCGCCAUCUUUUGGCUGACAGAAGCUUUGCCUCUGUCGGUAACAGCUCUGCUGCCUGCUUUAAUGUUGCCUUUGUUUGGGAUCAUGGCUUCUAAGGAGGUGGCAUCUGCUUAUUUCAAAGAUUUUCACCUACUGCUAAUUGGAGUCAUCUGUUUAGCAACAUCAAUAGAAAAAUGGAAUCUGCAUAAAAGGAUUGCUCUGAGGAUGGUGAUGAUGGUGGGUGUGAACCCAGCAUGGCUGACCUUGGGGUUCAUGAGUAGUACUGCCUUCUUAUCCAUGUGGCUGAGCAACACCUCAACUGCGGCCAUGGUGAUGCCCAUCGUGGAGGCUGUGGCACAGCAGAUCAUCAGUGCUGAAGCAGAGGUCGAGGCCACUCAGAUGACUUAUUUCAGUGGAUCAACCAACCAGGGACUGGAAAUUGAUGAAAGUGUUGAUGGAAAUGAAACAAAUGAGAAGAAAGAGAAAACAAAACCAGUUCCAGGGAAUGAUUCAGGGAAAACUUCAAGCAAGAUGGAGCUGGAAAAGAAUUCAGGCACAGGAAACAGAUAUCGAACGAAGAAGGACCACAUGAUGUGUAAACUUAUGUGCUUGUGCAUUGCCUACUCUUCUACCAUUGGUGGACUGACAACGAUCACUGGUACCUCCACCAACUUGAUCUUUGCUGAGCAUUUCAAUACGCGCUACCCUGAGUGUCACUGCAUCAACUUCGGGUCGUGGUUUAUCAUGUCUUUCCCGGCUGCUGUUAUUAUUCUCCUCUUGUCCUGGGUCUGGCUUCAGUGGCUGUUCCUAGGAUUCAAUUUUAAGGAGAUGUUCAAAUGUGGUAAGACCAAAACAUCCAGACAAAAGGCUUGUGCUGAGGUGAUUAAACAAGAAUACCAAAAACUUGGACCAAUAAGGUAUCAAGAAAUUGUGACCUUAGUUCUCUUCAUUAUAAUGGCUGUGCUCUGGUUUACCCGAGAACCUGGGUUUGUUACCGGUUGGUCUGCACUUUUUUCAGAGUAUCCUGGUUUUGCUACAGAUUCAACUGUUGCCUUGCUUGUAGGACUCCUGUUUUUCCUUAUCCCAGCUAAGAGACUGACCAAAACUACACCUGCAGGAGAAACUGUUGCUUUUGAUUACUCUCCACUGAUUACUUGGAAAGAAUUCCAGUCAUUCAUGCCCUGGGAUAUAGCCAUUCUUGUUGGUGGAGGGUUUGCCUUGGCAGAUGGCUGUGAGGAGUCAGGACUAUCUAAGUGGAUGGGAAAUAAAUUAUCUCCUCUAGGUUCAUUACCAGUCUGGCUAAUAAUUCUGGUAUCUUCUUUGCUCGUCACAUCUUUAACAGAGGUAGCCAGCAAUCCAGCUACCAUUACCCUCAUUCUUCCAAUACUGUCUCCAUUGGCUGAAGCCAUUCAUGUCAACCCUCUUUAUAUUUUGUUACCUUCUACUCUGUCCACUUCAUUUGCAUUCCUCCUCCCAGUAGCAAAUCCACCCAAUGCUAUUGUUUUUUCAUACGGCCACCUAAAGGUCAUCGACAUGGUUAAAGCUGGACUUGGCAUUAAUAUUGUGGGUCUUGCUGUGGUGAUGCUUGGCAUGUUUACCUGGAUUGCACCCAUGUUUGACCUCCACACUUACCCUUCUUGGGCUCCUACAAUUUCCAAUGAGACCAUGCCCUAACAACAUGAAUGCUCUGACUAUCCUGUGGUGAGUUUGGGGAACCAUUAAGAAUCACUGCAAAAUCUGGCUAUAGAAAACUGAUGACACACUUAAAUCAGCCCUGGUAUAGCUGCUACAGUUCCAGUGAACACCCAAAAUCUGUCACAACUCAAGAGUCUGCAUUCCUUUGAGAUGUAACCAAGAUCAUCUAUAUGCCUUCAUCCAGAAGCCCACAGUUGAGAUUUUGCUCCUGAACCAUAUGCAACCUGCUUCAUCAUAAGAAUAAUUCAUAACUUAACCUUCUUGAAAGAGAUUAUGUCAUUUGCUUCAUCUUACAGUUUGGGUUCAAUGUAACAUUUCAAAUGUCAAUUCAUUAUUUCAGAAACUUUCCAUGAAGCUGCAAAUAGAAAAUAAAACAAGUUAAUUAGGUAUUUGUAUAAAUCAUUUUUGUAGUCUUUGUCCAAGAGAAUUUUCUGAAAAAUCAAAGCUGUGGUCAUCUGGUGGUGCAAGAGAAAAGUUUAAUCUAAAUAAAAUGUACAUUCCCUCAUUUAAAAAAA